UCUCUUAUUUUAUUCAUUUUUGUCUUACACUCACCCACAUUUUUACGUUUACAUUUAUCUUACUUUAUCCAUAUUUUAUUAUAUUCAACUAACUUUUCUACUUUUAUGUUAAUAUUUGUGCAAAUAAUAACUGUAAAUUAAGAUCUUUAUGAAUGGAGGUAAUAUAAUUUAGUGUCAGUUAAAUUAUUUUUUUGAUAGCACAAUAACAGACAAUCACACCGUCAUGCCCUUGCUUUAUUGGCAAGAAUGUGGGCUGGGGCCACCACCGACCUACCAACUUUAACACACACUACAUAGUCUAGGGAAGAGGCAAGGGAUACAAUAUCCGCUAUAACAUGAUGAAUCUGAGUAUCCGCCAUCGUCGGACUCCUAAGAGCUUGGAUAGCUUCUUGGCAAUCUAUCUUAAUCAAGAUGUUCAUGGAUAGAUCAAAGUAAAUCGACUCUGCUAAUAUCGCGCGAGUAUUGGUUUGUGCGUAGUGAUUGUAUCCGUACAGUUCGAAUGAGCAAACUAUAUUUUUCGAGUCAUUUCUAUUUUGGUCUCGAUUGAGAUGGUUAUUGACAACUUUAGGUAUGAUUUUUUUUGGUGUACCACCCAGUUCAUCCUUAUAGCUAAUUCAGAUUCGGGAUGAGUUCUUAGUAGAUAGGUUUUAGUCCCCUCCCAAUUAUUAUUGCAGGGGAUCGAACACGGGGUCCUCCCUACCAAGUUCAGCCUCAAUCGUCAUUGAACCAACAGUCAAUUGGUACAGCUUUAGGUAUAUUUGUCACUAGCUUCGAACCGAUAAUUGUUAUAGUCACAAUAUUUUUCUUCAUGUGCUAAACAUUAUUUAAGGUCAGCAACCGUUGUGCAUGCGGACAUAUGUAGCUUACCUAGUAUGUUAAUUAAAGCUAGUUUACUAGAAAGGUUUUAAUGUUGGCCAUCAUUAGGCUUGAUCUUAGAACUUGGAGUACGUGAGUACGUCGUACCCGAUCCCUAGGUUAAAUAAUCCUUUCAAUUCUUACUAAUUUGCCUAAGAAUUUUUGUCUCAAGUAUUAACUUAAUUAACACAUGAUGAGAAAAGUAACAAUUAAUUAAUUAUAUGUAUUAAUAAACACUUCAAACUCGAAAAAUCAUCCUUAAGUUGAGGUAAAGGCAAUAAUUUACAACCGAAGUAUCAUAUUUGUUCAAAUUUAAAUGAGAAAAAAACAUGAUUGAAGCAAUAUCUUAGCUGUUCUUUUUGAAUUACAAGUAUAAUAUACCAAUACUCUUACACGUCUCUUUUUAUAUAAAACUAAAUUCUCUUGCAUUUUUUAGCCAUUGACAAAUGACAAUAAUUAAGAAAGAGGAGCACAAACCACCGGAAGAAGCUAUCCUAGAGAGCAUUUGGGCGAACUACAUCGGUGCACCAAAAUCACAAGAAGCGUGGAAUACACCGGGAAUUUUUCAAGAUUGGAUUGGAAUACCUUCUUUAGAGGAACAAGAUGAAGCUUCAAACGCGCUAAAGAGGCUACCUAGCCUAGGAAGAUGGGUGUCAAUGGGUUCUGAGACAUGGGAAGGGUUACUUAAUGGAAAUAUUGGUUAUAGUACUACAAACCCUAGCGAAACUUGUUACUUGGAGGACAAGAAAAACAACGAAUGGGAAAGAAAUAAUUCAAGGGAGAAUGUGGAGAAGACGAACACAAACAUACCAAUUCGACAUUAUAGAGGAGUAAGAAGGAGGCCAUGGGGGAAGUACGCGGCUGAGAUAAGGGACUCAACUAAGAAAGGAGCUAGAGUUUGGCUUGGAACGUUUAAUACAGCUGAAGAGGCCGCUUUGGCUUAUGACAAAGCGGCCUUGAGAAUAAGAGGGGUGGCUAAAGCUUCUCUUAACUUUCCCCUUGAGGCAGUCAUCAAAGCUAUAGGAAGUCAAUAUGAGAAUAAUCAUUGUAAUAAUACUCCUAAGAAAAGAGAAGGAAAAGAUCAUAAUAAUUAUUGGGAGUCGCAAAGUGAUUAUUAUGUUAAUGAAUUCAUGAUUGAGCAACCAUCAUUUAAAAGAUCAAGAUUUAGCAUGGAGAAUAAUAUACUUGGUGGUGCUCAACAUGGUGUACUUGAGUUGGAAGAUCUUGGGAGUGAUAUCUUGGAAAAUUUGCUUUCUUCAACUUAUUGAUUCUUUUUUUUUUUUACCAUAUUUAAGAUGUGUACAUAAAUGAGUUAUGAUCAAUAUAUUGUUCACCUAUAUAUGGCUUAGGUGAAUAGGUGUGUUGAAACUCUUAUACUUAGCCAGUAACUAUUACUCUCUCCGUUUUAUUUAAUGUCUUUUAAUGAAAGCCGUAUACGCUUAUCAUUCCAUAAUGUACAAUUUUUUUUAUCUUUUGUAAGUACUC